UCCCUCCGUUUUGAUCUCUUUCUUCUUUUUCCUGUUUCUUCCACCUCCUCGUCUCUUGUUUUCUCUCAACUUGUUCGUCGACUAAUGGCUUCUUCAAGUUCUGGAAGCACCCUCCCGGCCCCAGAAGCCCUGCAGGUGCUUGUCUCUUCGCUCGCGGAUGAAUCUUCUGUCGUCAGGGAAGCCUCCACGGCUGCUCUUAAGGAGAUUGCCGCCCUGAAUCCGCUUUUAGUUCUUGACUGUUGUUAUGCUGUUUCUCGAGGAGGACGUCGGCGUUUUGGGAACAUGGCUGGAGUUUUUCAAGUGAUGGCAUUUGCAAUACGUGCUUUGGACAACAAAGACAUAGAUCCUCCUUUCAUGUCAAAGCUCGCCAAGAUUGCCACUACAGAAAUGAUCUCGUCCAAGGAACUUAAUGCUGAUUGGCAGAGAGCUGCGGCAGGUCUACUUGUUUCAAUAGGCUCUCAUUUGCCCGACUUGAUGAUGGAAGAGAUUUUUCUUCACCUGUCCGGGCCUAAUUCAGCUCUACCAGCCAUGGUUCAAAUACUUGCAGACUUUGCUUCAGCUCAAGCUUUGCAGUUUGCCCCACGAUUAAAAGGUGUACUUUCACGAGUCUUGCCUAUUCUUGGAAAUGUGAAAGUUGCUCAGCAGCCGAUUUUUGCACAUGCAUUUAAAUGCUGGUGCCAGGCUGUGUGGCAGUAUAUUGGGGAUUUUCCUUCUCAUCCACUUCUUGAUAGCAACGUCAUGUCAUUUCUGAAUUCUGCUUUUGAACUUAUAUUGAGGGUUUGGGCAAAUUCCCGGGAUUUGAAGGUACGUGUAUCUUCUGUCGAGGCAUUGGGUCAGAUGGUUGGUCUUCUUACCAGAUCGCAAUUAAAGGCAGCUAUACCAAGAAUUGUCCCAACUAUACUGGAAUUGUAUAAGAAAGAUCAAGAUAUUGCCUUUUUGGCAACAUGUAGUCUACAUAAUCUCCUCAAUGCUUCUUUACUGUCAGAAACUGGUCCUCCUUUGCUUGAAUUUGAGGAACUUACAAUUAUCUUGUCCACACUUCUCUCUGUGGUGUGCAUUAGUAAUGACAACAAUGAGCAUUCAGAUUUCUCUGUGGGACUGAAGACAUACAAUGAAGUUCAGCAUUGCUUCCUGACAGUUGGGCUGGUAUAUCCAGAGGAUCUUUUUAUGUUCCUUCUGAAUAAAUGCAGAUUAAAGGAAGAAUCACUUAUAAUUGGGGCACUUAGUGUACUGAAGCAUCUCCUGCCAAGGUUGUCUGAAGCUUGGCAUGGUAAAAGACCUCUACUUGUUGAAGCUGUAAAGUUGCUGCUAGAUGAGCAGAACUUAGGUGUUCGCAAGGCACUUGCAGAGUUGAUUGUGGUUAUGGCUUCUCACUGUUAUCUGAUUGGUCCUUCUGGCGAGUUGUUCGUUGAAUAUCUUGUGCGCCACUGUGCUAUAUCAGAUGAGGAGCUGAACAAUGUCACGAGCUCCAAGGAAGUCUUUCGAUCAACUGCUACGUUUUAUCCAUUCCAAUACAAAAGACUGGAGGUGAAAAUUGGAGCUGUUUGUCCACUGGAGUUGAGGGAAACUUGUGAGAAGGGUCUUCUUUUGAUAACUAUUACCAUUCCUGAAAUGGAGCAUAUUCUUUGGCCUUUUCUGUUGAAGAUGAUUAUUCCACGGAGGUAUACUAUUGCAGCUGCCACGGUUUGUAGAUGUAUCUCAGAACUAUGCAGGCAUAGAUCAUCAAAUUCAAUACUGACUGAAUACAGAGCUCGAUCCGACAUUCCAAACCCUGAGGAACUUCUUGCGCGGUUGGUGGUGCUUUUGCAUGAUCCACUUGCAAGGGAGCAGUUGCCAACUCAGAUUUUGACGGUCUUGUGUUACUUGGCACCUCUGUUUCCAACAAAUAUUGGUUUAUUUUGGCAAGAUGAGAUUCCCAAAAUGAAGGCAUAUGUCAGUGAUGCUGAAGACCUAAAGCAGGAUCCUUCAUGUCAAGAAACUUGGGACAACAUGGUCAUACAUUUUCUUGCAGAAACUUUGGAUGUCAUUCAGGAUACUGUGUGGGUGAUUUCUUUAGGAAAUGCUUUUUCCGAACAAUAUGAACUUUAUAUAUCUGAUGAUGAGCAUUCGGCACUACUUCAUAGAUGCCUAGGUAUGCUUCUUCAGAAAGUUGAUGAUAGAGCUUAUGUUCGUGAGAAAAUUGACUUGAUGUACAAGCAAGCAAAUAUUGCAGUGCCUACAAAUAGACUUGGUUUAGCAAAAGGCAUGGGAUUGGUUGCUGCUUCACACUUGGAUACUGUAUUGGAAAAACUGAAAGACAUUCUUGACAAUGUUGGACAAAAUUUCCUUCAAAGAUUGUUGUCCUUUUUCUCUGAUAAAGUGGAAGAUGCUGAUGACAUUCAUGCUGCCUUAGCUUUAAUGUAUGGAUAUGCAGCACGAUAUGCUCCUUCGACUGUUAUUCAAGCAAGAAUAGAGGCACUUGUGGGGACUAAUAUGCUUUCACGCCUUCUGCAUGUGCGCCACCAUACAGCAAAGCAAGCUGUUAUUACAGCUAUUGAUUUGUUAGGUCAAGCUGUCAGUAAUGCUGCUGAAAAUGGUGUGUCGUUCCCAUUAAAAAGAAGAGACCAACUGCUUGAUUACAUACUGACUUUGAUGGGUCGAGACGAUGAGGAUGAUGAUGGUGAUGGAUAUGCCAAUUCUAAUGAAUUUCUCCGUACUCAGAGCUUUGCUUUAAGUGCAUGCACUACUUUGGUUUCUGUGGAGCCAAAGCUGACAAUAGAAACAAGGAAUCAUGUUAUGAAGGCCACAUUGGGUUUCUUUGGGUUGCCAAACGAUCCUUCAGACAUCAUCGACCCACUUAUAAACAACCUCAUAACUCUAUUAUGUGCAAUUCUUCUGACAAGUGGAGAAGAUGGAAGGAGUCGUGCAGAGCAGCUAUUACACAUUCUGAGGCAAAUUGAUCAAUAUGUUUCCUCUUCAGUGGAGCAUCAAAGAAGGAGAGCUUGUAUUGCAGUGUAUGAAAUGCUUCUCAAGUUCCGAAUACUUUGUUCCAGUGGAUACUCUGGCCUUGGGAGCCAUGGAAGUUCCAUACACAGCAAGCAAAUUGAUCGAGUGCUGCAUGGGAAUUUUUCCAACCUGCCAUCUGCAUUUGUUCUACCAAGUCGAGAUUCCUUAUGCCUGGGGGAGAGGGUCAUGGUUUAUCUUCCACGUUGUGCUGAUUUCAAUUCUGAAGUUCAAAAGGUUUCAGCCCAGAUUCUUGAUCUCUUCUUCAGUAUAUCUCUUUCUCUUCCACGGCCAGCGGGAUCAGCUAUCAGCACAGAUAUAGAGAUUUCAUACAGUUCUUUAUCCUCCCUUGAGGAUGUCAUUGCCAUUUUGAAGAGUGAUGCUUCCAUUGAUCAAUCAGAGGUCUUUAAUAGGGUUGUUUCCUCUGUUUGUACUUUGCUAACAAAGGAUGAGCUUGUUGCCACUUUGCAUGGUUGCACUACUGCUAUAUGCGAUAAGAUCAAACAGUCAGCUGAAGGUGCCAUUCAAGCUGUUAUUGAGUUUGUUACAAAGAGGGGAAAUGAGUUGAAUGAAACUGAUGUUUCAAGGACAACACAGUCUUUGCUCUCUGCGACAGUGGUUGUACCUGAUAAACCCUUACGUCAGGAGAUUCUGGGUGCUAUAUCUUGUCUGGCUGAGAACACAAACUCAAAAGUUGUCUUCAAUGAAUUAUUGGCUGCUGCGGGUAGGGAUAUAGUUACAAAGGACAUAUCGAGGUUGCGUGGUGGCUGGCCUAUUCAGGAUGUCUUCUAUGCUUUUUCCCAGCAUACAGUACUUUCCGUGCUGUUCCUGGAUCAUCUGGUGUCUGUACUUAACCAGACUCUGAUUAUUAAAGGUGAUUCAGAGAGAAGAGACAAUUCUAGUCAUGUCUUUGAGAGUCACAUCAAGGAUGAAAUAGUCCAAGCAGCUGUUCUUGCUCUGACUGCUAUGUUCAGAGGUGGUGGUAAGAUUGGGAAGAAAGCAGUGGAACAAAGUUAUGCGGCUGUUCUCUCUGCUCUUACACUACAUUUAGGAAGUUGCCAUGGUCUAGCUGCAUCUGGUCAGCAAGAACCUCUACGGAGCCUUCUAACAGCAUUCCAGGCAUUCUGUGAAUGUGUUGGGGAUCUCGAAAUGGGAAAGAUCUUGGUUAGAGAUGGAGAACAAAGAGAAAAUGAGAGGUGGAUCAAUCUUAUUGGAGAUUUGGCUGCUUGCAUCUCUAUAAAGAGACCUAAAGAGGUUCCAACAAUAUGUAUGAUUCUGACCAGAGCCUUGACUCAACACCAAAAACUUCAAAGGGAAGCUGCAGCUGCAGCACUAUCUGAAUUUGUCCAUUAUGGUGAUGGGGUUGGUUACUUGUUGGAACAGAUAGUCGAGGCAAUGUGUCGACAUGUUUCAGAUGAGUCACCUACCGUUCGACGCCUUUGUCUGAGAGGGCUAGUGCAGAUCCCAUCUAUUCAUAUUCUUCAAUAUGCUACUCAAGUUCUUGGUGUAAUUGUAGCUCUACUGGAAGAUCCAGUUGAAUCAGUUCAAUUAACUGCAGUACUCUGCUUGCUUACAUUUCUUGAAUCAUCUCCUAAAGAUGCUGUGGAUCCCGUUUUGCUUAAUCUUUCAGUACGACUGCGUAAUCUUCAAAUAAGCAUGAACGGGAAGAUGCGAGCCAAUGCAUUUGCAGCAUUUGGAGCACUGUGCAACUAUGGAGUUGGUGCACAACAUGAAUCUUUUAUUGAUCAGGUGCAUGCAACCCUCCCGCGCCUGAUUCUUCAUGUUCAUGAUGACGAUUUUAGUGUCCAGCAGGCUUGCCGGUGCACUCUUAGACAGAUGGUGCCCUUAAUGGAAGUAGAAAGCAUGGCUGCCCUAUUCAGCACACACUACUUCAAUUCUGACCACCGAAGCGAUUAUGAGGACUUUGUUAGGGAUAUCACCAGGCAACUCUGUCAAAAUUUCCCCUCAAGAACUGAUGCUUACAUGACAUCACUAGUCCAGGCUUUUGAUGCUCCUUGGCCAAUUAUCCAAGCAAACGCCAUUUACUUCUCUUGCAGCAUGCUGUCACUUUCAGAUGAUCAGCGCAUUUUAGCUCCAUUCUGUACACAGGUGUUUGGAAUGCUGGUAGGUAAAAUGAGUCGGUCGCCUGAUACAGUUGUUCGUGCAACUUGCUCCUCUGCCCUAGGCAUGUUGCUGAAAUGCACUAAUUUAGUUUCAUGGAGGGCAUCACAAUUUGAUCGUGUUGACUCAAUUCGGAGGACAUACAAUUGUCACAAGUUUCUGAAAAGGCAAUUAUAGAAUAGUGAUGAUUUUUUUCUUGUGUUAACCUGCGGGUGCAACAAAA